CAGAACAAGUUUAGACCGUGUCGCGUGCGGUACGGCUACAAAGUUUAGUCUUGAAAAAAAGAAAUACUUAAAAGUGUUUUACGAUAUAAAAAAUAACUUAAGAAAUAAAAUAAAAUUUUAAAAUAUAGUGUUUAAAAUAAAAAAAAAAAAUUUUAUAAAAAAGUUCUAACAGCAAAAGUUUUAAACAAUAAUGGUGAAUUUUUGGAAUGCUUUAACACGCCGUAAAACUGAUGAUGUUAUUGAAACGGAAUCAAAAUUAGCCAGAGUACUCAAUGUUUUCGAUUUAACAGCUUUGGGUGUAGGCAGUACAUUAGGUCUGGGUGUUUAUGUUUUGGCCGGUUCGGUGGCGUAUAAUAUUGCUGGUCCAGCAGUGACACUAUCAUUUUUGAUAGCAGCAGUAGCCUCAGCAUUUGCUGGUAUUUGUUAUGCUGAAUUUGCUGCCAGAGUACCUAAAGCCGGCAGUGCUUAUGUUUAUAGUUAUGUGACAAUAGGAGAAUUUGUGGCCUUUACUAUCGGCUGGAAUAUGAUAUUGGAAUAUGUGAUAGGUACCGCCUCGGUGGCUAGAGGUUUUAGUGGUUAUUUCGAUUCUUUGAUUGAUAGAAAUAUGUCAAAAGCUUUAGCGGAAGCAGUACCCAUUAAUGUUGGUUUCUUAGGAGACUAUCCUGAUUUCUUGGCUUUUGGUUUGAUAUUGAUUUUGACGGGUUUACUAGCAUUUGGUGUUAAGGAAUCAAGUUUUCUUAAUAACAUAUUUACCACGGUUAAUAUGUUGACCAUUUUAAUUGUGAUUAUAGCUGGAAGUAUUUAUGCUGAUAGUUCCAACUGGUCCAUACCCCAGGAUAAAGUACCAGAAGGCUUUGGUACUGGUGGCUUUAUGCCUUUUGGUGUGGCUGGUGUUAUGGCGGGAGCUGCUAAGUGCUUUUUUGGUUUUGUGGGCUUUGAUGGUAUUGCCACUACCGGCGAAGAAGCCAUCAAUCCCAAACGCAACAUCCCCUUGGCCAUUAUUAUUUCCUUGAUAAUUGUUUUCUUGGCUUACUUUGGUGUUUCUACUGUUUUAACUUUGAUGGUGCCCUAUUUUGAACAAGAUCGUAAUGCUCCCUUCCCGGCUGCCUUUGAUGCUGUUGGUUUAAUCUCUGUUAAAUGGAUUGUUACUGGUGGUGCUAUUUUUGCCUUGUGUACCUGUUUGCUGGGUGCCAUGUUCCCCUUGCCUCGUGUUUUGUAUGCCAUGGGUAGUGAUGGCAUUCUAUUCAAGAAGUUAUCCAAUGUCAAUGAUUACACUAAAACUCCUUUAAUAGCCACUAUUAUAUCUGGCUUGUUUGCUGCUACCAUGGCCUUGAUAUUCGAUUUGGAUCAAUUGAUUGAUAUGAUGUCUAUUGGUACUCUCCUGGCUUAUAGUAUUGUGGCCAUUUGUGUACUGGUUUUACGUUAUGAGGAUGAGGGCAUGACAACACAAGUAACUCUUAACUGUCCCACUAUUAUUAAACAGCUUUUCAAUGGCAACUCCUUUAGAGAACCCAAUUGUUUGAGUUCUGCUAUAACAAAAAUUGGUGUAGUGGUCUUUGGUUUGAUUUGUAUUUUAUGGUGCAGUUUGGAUAAACUUUAUACAUUUGGUUCCACCAAUAGUAUAAUUGCCCUAAGCAUUUUAGGCGUAGUAUUAAUAGUGAUUGUAAUAAUAAUUGGCUGUCAACCAGUAUCCAUGGUAGAGUUGACAUUUAAAGUGCCUCUAGUACCACUGAUACCUUGCUUGAGUGUUUUUGCCAAUCUCUAUCUGAUGUUCCAAUUGGACAUUAAUACUUGGAUCAGAUUCCUCAUAUGGCUGGCCAUUGGUUAUGUCAUUUAUUUUGUUUAUGGCAUAAGACACUCUACACAGAUCACUAGAAAUAAAAAUCAUGCUGAGGCUGCCAAGAAAGUGCAAUUUACAAAUAUGGCCUUCGAACCCGAUUGGAAGUUAGAGAAUGGUAAAGUUGAAAGUGCAAAAUUAUGAAAAGUUUAAAGCACUAAAUUUGAUACAAUAUGAGCUAUGUCUAGGAAGGUUUAAUUAUUUGCCUUUUUUGGGCAAAAAUACUCCUAUUUUCUCAGUUAUAAACAUGUACAUAGAAUUUAAUUAAUUAAGUUUUUUGCAUUAAGUUAAGCUUAAGUUAAACUUAGUUUUGAUAAUGUUUUAUACAAGAAAAUUUAUAUGGUAUUAAACCUUUAAGUAUUGAGAUUUAAGAAAAGUGGCUAAAGAAAUCAUAGAAAUAUUGGCACAAAUUUGAAAAGAGCCAGUAGAAAUGUUGCCUAAACUUGCAACAAUUUCCUAUAAAAAUAUGUGUUUAAUAUUGUGCAAACUUUCUUUUAAAAUAUUUGCUCAAAUUUAUGAAAAUCUUCUAUAAAAAUGUUCUUUCAAAUUAGAGAAAAUGUUCUAUAGAGAUGUUCUUCCAAAUUUGUGCAAAUCCAUAGAAAGGUUCUGUCAAAUUUGAGCAAAUUUUCUAUAGAAAUAUUCUUAUAAAUUUGAGCAAAUUUUCUACUGAAAUGUUCUCUCAAAUUUGAACAGAUCUUUUAUAGAAACUUUCUCUCAAAUUUGAGCAAAUUUUCUAUAGAAAUGUUCUCUCAAAUUUGAGCAUAUUUACUAUAAAAAUGUUCUUCCAAAUUUGAGCAAAUUUUCAAUAGAAAUGUUCUUUCAAAUUUAAAAAAAAAUUUCUUUAAAAAUAUUCUCUCAAAUUUAGGCAAAUUUUUUAUUGAAAUGUUCUCCCAAAUUUGAGCAAAUUUUCUAUAGAAAAUGUUCUCUCAAAUUUGAGGAAAUUUUCUAUAGAAAAGUUUUCUCAAAUUUGAGCAAAUUUUCUAUAGAAAAUGUUCUCUCAAAGUUGAGGAAAUUUUCUAUAGAAAUCUUUUCUCAAAUUUGAGAAAAUUUUCUAUAGAAAUGUUUUCUCAAUUUUGAGCAAAGGUUUAUAGAAAUGUUCUCUCAAAUUUGAGCAAAUCUUUUACAGAAAUGUUCUUUCAAAUUUGGGCAAAUUUUCUAUAGAUAUGUUCUCAAAAAUAUGAGUAAAUUCUCUAUAGAAACGUUCUCUCAAAUUAGAGCAAAUUUUCUAUAGAAAUGUUCUCUCUAAAAAAUUUGCCUAAAUUUGCGCAAGCCUACUUUUGUUAUCACUAUUUUUAUAUUUUUAAGUAUUUUAAUUUGAAGCCCAACUAGAAUCCCAUAAUAGCGAAUAAAAUAAUUGUGAUAUUUGUUAAAUAUUUCUAAUUUUGAUAUAUUGUUAUAUCACACUAAAUAAAGUAGUUGUAUUAGUUAAAAAG